AUGAUACUCGACAAAAACACCUUGUUGUUGCAGCGAAGACUAUUCGUGUUGCGCAAUCACUUGUGUUCUCCCCAUCAUCAUGAAAAGAAUUACUAUUUCAAGAAGAACAUUAAUUCUGCUGCUUGGGCGUUAGACCAUUUGGGCAUGAAUGUUGUUUCUUUGACUCCGGGACGAUUCUUUCAUCAUCAACAUGAUACAAAAGAAAUUCAAAGAAAUACCACAAGUAGUACUACUGCUUUGAAUGAUCAUAAUCAACAUAUUCCGAAAGCUCAACAAGCAUCUAAUUUAUUUAAACAAUAUUGGGAAGCUAUUCAUUCUUUCAUCCAAGAUGGCAGCAAGAGUCUUGAAGAGAGUAUUCGUGCACUUCCUGGAGUAAAUAUUUCCAAUAUCAACAAGUUGGAAAUUCCUGAAGAUGUAGCCUAUAAGCUCGCUCAAUUGUAUAUGAAUAAGCUCGAUAAGAACGGCAAAAUCCGAUUUUUUGAAGUGAUGGUGAUGCAUUUUGGUGGAAUACCAAUCUCUUCAUUAUUACAAAUGAUGAGAUGUAAUAAUAAUAACACUGGCCAGUCGACCACUCAUGAAAGUGAAAAUCAUUUAAAAAUUCUUUCUCAAACUAUUGAAAAAUUGAGAGCGUCAUUGCAAAAUGUACAAUCCUUGAGCCAAAAUGGAGAACAUUUGGAGCGUAAUAUUUUAGGAUAUCUCAACACAAUUCAACAAUUGAGAACAACCAUGGAGCCAUAUUAUGAAAAGUUCUUAGAACAAUUUAUCUUAACACUCAUGAAAAAGGAAGUGCCUUUCAAUUCUCAAAAUCUCAACGGCUUGGAAUUUGUGAUGCAAAUGAGACAAGAUUUGUUGGAAAUUAUUUCAACACUCCAAAAACAAUCAAGCCAUGUCAAUCAGGAUUACAAGAAGUUUAUCUUGCCAUUUUUACUUAAUGAUCUCAAUACCAAUCUUGUCAGGUUGUUGUCAAGUUGGUUCUCUCCAUCCUUUCUUGAGUGUAAAGAGUUGGAUUGGAGACAAAGCAAUGCUCAAUUAUUGGAAAAGAUUAUUCACUCAGAACGUGUACAUCCAAUAACAAAUAUGGAAGCUUUGAAAAACAGAUUGGCACCAACACCUAAUCGAAAAAUGUAUGGUCUGUUCCAUGCAGCCAUGCCAAGAGUGCCACUUGUGGUGUUACAGGUUGCCCUCAUGGAUCACAUUGCCUCAAACAUGCGGGAAAUUCAUGACGUUACAAAAGAUGGUUCACCUCAAACAGUGAACACUGCAAUUUUCUACUCAAUUUCCUCCACUCAAGGUGGGUUACAAGGUAUUGAACUGGGUAAUUUUUUGAUCAAAAAUGUGGUGGGAAUUUUAAAACAAAAACGAUUGAUUACUGAUAACUUUUCUGGGGACAUUAAUCAAUUCAGCACCUUGUCACCAAUUCCAGGAUUUAUUCGUUGGUUAACUCAAAAGCUGAGAAUUGAAUGCUCUCAAGAUGAGGAACUGAAGAAGAAAUUCCACGAUGAAAAGCUUCUUUCAAAGUCUGACAUGGAUCUCAUCAAACAGAUCGCUGUUGAAGAACCUAAAUUGUUUGGUUUUCAAUUGUCACAAGAUACCGUCAUGAAAUCUGGAUGUGAGCUACUUCUUUCACUGAUUGAAUUUAUUUUAUCAUCGCCAGAGGCAACCACUCUACAUCCCAAUGAUAAGCUUCAACCAAUCAUGCUCCGAUUAUGUGCUAGAUAUUUGUACUCGGAGAAACACAAAUCCAAAGCAUUGGAUCCAGUUGCUAAUUUUCAUUUAAGGAAUGGAGCAUGCUUGGAACGUAUCAAUUGGAAAGGAGAUUUAACUCAACGAAGAUUGAAAGAAAGUUAUGGAAUGAUGGUAAACUACAAAUAUGUUUUAGAAUUAAUCGAUGAAAAUCAUCACGAUUACGUCAUUAGUGGAGCGAAAAUGAUUAGACUUGGCGAAUUGUUUGACAAAAGAUUAUUGGAAUAG